AAAAAAAAACUCCCACCCGCUCGCAUUUAUCGAUGCCACUCUCCCCCUCUCACUCCGGUCACCACCACCCCGCCAGAUGCUUCGCCUCGCCGUCUUCCUCCUCCCGCUCGCCGUGGCGGCGGCGUCGCCGGCGCCGGCGAGAGGCCCCACGGCGUGCCCCUACGACCUCGCCACGGCGACGCGGAUGAUCCCGCGCGAGUGCUACGCCAACGCCACCGCCGGCCAGGCCGCCACCGGCUGCUGCUGGUACGUGUUCGCCGCCUACAUCUUCGCCGCCGCCGACCACGCCAACCGCACCGGCGCCGCGUUCCUCCCCGCCGAGCCCGCCGCCGCGUGCUCCGGCGCCUUCGCCGCCAGGCUGCUCUCCUCCGGCCUCGUGUCGCCGUCGCUCCUCGCAAACAACGGGUCGUGCGACCUCACCGGUGACCCGGGGAAGCUCGCGGCGGGCUCGCGGCCGUGCCAGCUCGCCACCAUCGACGCCGUGCGCGCGAUGGCGCCGCGCGCGCUGCCGAACGCGACGCGGCUCUGCGCCGCGCCGGGCGCGGCGCGCGCGCCGGGGGUCGGGCCCGGCGACCCCGGCUGCGCCGCGUGCCGCGGCGCGGUGAUCGCGACCACCUACGAGAUGCUGGCCAGCGCGCGCACCAAGGAGUUCGUGCCGUGCGGGAUGGCCGCCACCGUCGCCGUCUGGUCCCGCGCGCCGCCGCCGCUCGAGCGGUUCCGCGCCUACGCGCUCUGCAUGCUCCAGGUGCUCGAGAACGUCAACAGCCUCGGCACCAGCGACCUCGUCCCCUCGCCGCCGCCGCCGCCGGCGUCGCCGACCACCGCAUCGCGCCCACUCCCAAGCUCCUCCUCGAGAAGGAACACCGUCGCCAUCGCCGUCGGCUCGGCGUCCGCGGUUGUGGUGGCCGUCGUGGCGGUCGCCUCCGCCGCGCUGGCAAUCGUAACAAUCCGUCGCCGGCGUAGGUCGACGACGACGGCAGGUGACGUCAGCGACGACGAGUCGGUGGCGUCGCUGCCGCCGCUGCCGCGCGAGGGCCUGUACAUCUUCACCAAGUCGGAGCUGAAGCAGGCCACCAAUGGCUACGACGAGAAGCUUCUGCUGGGCAGCGGCGGCGCCGGCAAGGUGUACCUGGGGCGGCUCCCGUCGGGGCAGCGAGUGGCCAUCAAGAAGAUCUACAGGUCGAAGAAGGUGUCGGAGUUCUACGCGGAGGUGGCCGUGCUCGCCAAGCUCCGGCACCGGAACCUGACGACGCUGGUGGGCUACUGCCUCGGCGGCGACCACCACGCGCUGGUGUACGAGUACCUCGGCGGCGGCAACCUGUGGCGCGCGCUGUUCCAGGGCGAGCUGGCGUGGCGGCGGCGGCUGGAGGUGGCGGUGGACGUCGCGGAGGGGCUGGCCUACCUGCACGGGUUCCGGGAGGGCGCCGUGGUGCACCGCGACGUGAAGCCGACGAACGUGCUGCUGUCGGAGUCCGGCGCGGCGAAGCUGUCGGACUUCGGGGUGUCGCGGAUCGUGCCCGAGGGCGGGACGCACGUGUCGACGGAGGUGCGCGGCACGCGCGGGUACGUCGACCCGGAGAGCUUCUCGGCGGGGCACGUCUCGGAGGCCGGCGACGUCUACAGCUUCGGCGUCGUGCUGCUCGAGCUCGCCACGGGGAUGCGCGCCGUCGUGCCCACGCCGUCGGGCGGCGCCGAGUCCAUCGUGCACGCCGCGCACUGGGCCGUCGCCCAGGCCGGCGGCGAGGCCGGCGCCGCCGCGGAGUCCAUGGUGGACGAGCGCCUCGGCGCCGACUGGGACAGGCCCACCGUGCGCGCCGUGUUCGCGCUCGCGUGCCGGUGCGUGCGCCCAUACAAGCACGAGCGCCCCGCGAUGGGCGAGGUGCUCGCCGAGCUCAAGGCCAUGCUCGCCGACUAUACCGCACGAGGCGGCGGCGCCGACCGAUCAGAGGCCUCGACGUCAUCAUCCACCGCCACCCCGGACCUGGCGUCGCUCCCAUCGACAUCGUCAUCCGUGGCGAACACCGAAGCGAUGGCCACGCCGCCGCGGCGCGACAGUUAGGCUCGUGGCGCCGCGGCGGUCGGGGCACUGGUCGAACACCUGGCGGGGUAGGGCCCGAUUGCAGUAAAGGCGAAACUCCCACAUGUCACUUGGACGGCCCUCACCGGCAAGUCGAAUCAAACCAAAUGCACAAGUUGGAUAAUUUUUUUUGUACAAAUCCAUAUCUCAACUACUUCCUUCCCCUGCUGUUUGAAAGUGAUUAGUGAGGAGUUCUUGAGAUCAAAGUCAAUGCCCUCUUUUAUUGAUGAAAACUACCUGAAAAUUUUCGGUGUACUUAGUCCGGUGCACAUAUUCAUGAAUGAAUUUGUGGUUGACUACUGUCCAUCUGAUAAGAGAAAUGGAGGUUGAUUAUAGUUGUGACAGUUUGUCCAUAAUUAAUUUUGAAAUGGGAUGUGAUAUUCACAUUCCAAGUUUCCAAUACGGUUCAUUUGGUUCAGAACUACAAACAGAACGAAUCAAGAAGGGAAUUCUCGACCUGAAUCACUCGUUCGAUCCAUGUGUAUGGUACAUAGAGAAAGCCAAGAAUUUGCAGAUAACAUUAAGCAAUGUCAACCAACAUUCAUUGCAUAUAUGAACUUCUCAACAGUAUAGGUGCAUCGUUUGGUACAGCUUAGUACACGUAUUAGUUUAUAUAUACCAUUCAUAUAUUAGUAUUAGCUCUACAAUGAUUCAGUACAGCUAAUGAUACAAGUAACUUAUGUUAGACCAGAAUUACUUUAGUGCUACUGCUACUCCAGGUUUACACCUGUGUAGUUUGGUUUCCACCACUGGGUUUUGUAACUUCUCAGUUCAGAUGAGUGAGCCACGAAGUUAGUAAGCUCUCAACACUGCAGCUCCAAGCAUACACGAACUUCAGUUUUCGCUCAAGUUCUCGAACUCAACAGUGAUUGACCUGGCGCUCUGGAGAACAACUGAUUUGUUUGGCAGCACAGCAGUGAUUGACCUUGUCUUCUGGAGAGCAAUUGACUUCAUGUUUUGCUCCUUCCAGACAAUCUUGACCACUUCAUCUACGACAGUGUUUGGCUGCAGCAAAGUUAAGCACAAGAUUAAGAAACCAUUGAA